AUGCUGAUUCUACCUGCAGUUUUUCUAGCGGCCACGGUCGCAGCGUUGCAAAGUCCCCAUCACAAGGCCGCAUCAUUUCACCACACCGAAAAAUCUAUACACAAAAGAGAAAAUACGCGUCAAGAUCCCGCAAAACUGCAGUAUCUGAAUGAUUUAACGGAGAAAUUCAUUGUGAACAGCACACAUUUCCCACAAGUCCCAUUCGAUAUAGGCGAGAGCUACGCUGGUCUCCUAUCCAACACCCCCCAUGGCAACUCCAGUUUGUUCUUUUGGUUUUUUCCUUCGACAAAUCCUUCUGCCGAUCGAGAGAUCACAAUUUGGUUGAAUGGCGGCCCGGGCUGCAGCUCUUUGGACGGACUGCUUCAAGAGAAUGGUCCCUUUCUGUGGCAAUCUGGAACUUUCGAGCCUGUCAAAAAUCCGUAUGCUUGGUCCAACUUAACGAACAUUGUGUAUGUUGAUCAGCCAGCUGGUACUGGACUGUCGCCGGGACCUGCUACCGUCCAAAAUGAGGUUGAUGUGUCGAACCAAUUCAACGAUUUCUGGAAAAGAUUUAUCGAAACAUUUAGCAUGCAGGGCUACAAGGUCUAUAUCACGGGGGAAAGCUAUGCGGGACAAUACAUUCCUUACCUCGCGGCUGGAAUGUUGGAUCAAAAUGACACUUCGCAUUUCAACCUCAAAGGCAUUCAAAUCAACGACCCAUCUAUCAAUGAAGAUGACGUUAUGAUUUAUGGGUCGUAUGCUACUACAGCUCCCGCAGUGGCGGCAUUGAAUUACUUUGAUCGUGUCUUUGGAUUGAACGAUACAUUCAUGGCAGAUAUCAACAAGAAGGCCGAAUCCUGUGGAUAUAAUAAGUUCCUUGAUGAAGCUUUGACUUUUCCUCCGCCAAAAGAUUUCCCCGUUGCCCCGGAUUCCUCCAAUGCGGGCUGCGAUGUGUGGGACCAAAUUGUCAAGGCAGCAACCUACGUGAACCCGUGCUUCAACAUGUAUCAUUUGACGGACUUUUGCCCGUUCCUUUGGGAUCAGAUGGGUUUCCCUUCAUUGGCUGGUGGUCCAAACAAUUAUUUCAACCAGACCGAUGUUCAAAAUGCGCUUCAUGUUCCGCCCACUGACUACUCUGUAUGCGGAGGCGAUAUUUUCCCUGCUGGUGACGGAUCCUUACCCAGCGCCCUUGGCCCCCUUCCUUCUGUCAUUGAUCGUACCCAAAAUGUCAUUAUAGGUCAUGGGUGGUUUGACUAUCUAUUGUUCUUAAAUGGCAGCUUGGCCACAAUCCAGAAUAUGACAUGGGGAGGAAAGCAAGGCUUUCAGACAGCUCCCAUCGAGCCUCUUUUCGUGCCAUACACCAACGCCUUGAAUGCGGACGCAAAUGGCGAUGCCGAGGCGCCUUAUACUUCCGAUGCCGGCGCCGGGAUAUUAGGAACAGCCCAUACGGAGCGUGGCCUCACAUUCUCAACUGUAUAUGGAUCGGGACAUGAGAUUCCCCAGUAUGUCCCAGGUGCCUCUUAUCGUCAACUUGAGUUUUUACUGGGAAGAAUCAAGAAUCUCCAGGAAAGGGGCUCAUUUACAACCCGAUAA